AUGCGUCCAGCAUGUGAGCAGGGCGGCGCCGCCGCAGAUUCACACGAUCCUCACACCACUUCAUCAAGCCAGCCAGACCAAGGCAAUGCUGAGGCAGAUGAGAAAGCCACAGAUGACCUGAUGCAGGCCAUGCGUGCCAGCAAGGAUGAUGUUCCGCCACUGAACGUGGAUGGCGUCCAGUUAUUCAGACUUACGCACUUUACCCAUGCUCAGCACGUUUCCGAUCUGCUCUUCGAUCCACAAGGGCCUCUGAAAAAACUACACGAUCGUGUGCGGGAAGCUGAAUGUAGUGUCGAUCCUGCUGGGAAUCCUGCGAAGAUCCUUUUUGUCCCGUGCACGGAACAGCAACUGCUGGAACUGCAUCACCUUGCUGGGGAUGGCUUUGAGCUGCGCCGUGACGUGCACAUCUUGGCGCUGGACGAGGAUGCAGGGCUGAUCGACGCCGCGCUGCGGCAGAUCCCCCGGAAGCGCCGACCGCAACUGAAGAAGGUGGGUCGAUCGCAAGAAGACGACAUCGGUGCUGUGAGGGGUUCGGAGGCUUCAGACGUGGAGUUGGAAGAGGAAAACGGGGAUGAAGGCCAGCGUGAGGAGGAGAUGUAUGAGGGGCCGAUGAUUGAGAGAGAGGCUGCCUUCAGUGUCAGAACGGACUCUGACAUGGGAUUCCCGUUCUAUCAAGGUUGA